GGCUCUCCAGCAGAGGGCAGUGUAAUACCAAAAGCAUCUCCUCCUGGCUCUGGCCCUCGAGCAGCCUGCGCUGUCAGGAUCACACCGUUGAAAACCAUGAAAGGCUCUCCUGACCUGAUUCCUGACGCAGACGUGGAUCCCAGCAGAGUCUGCAAAGGGAAGGGAGUGGUGACCCUGAGGGCCACUCUGGUCCACAUAGAUGAUGAAGACUCCGUCAGCGAGGAGUCCAGCAUCAUCACCAGGCAGAGUGGCUGGACGAAGCAGAUUAAUGGAGACGGCUCUAAAGCAGCACUGGCUGAGGGCUGCGGCAACAACACAGCUGAUUUACCUCCUGUAAACAACACUCAGUGCCAGACAAUUACUGAAGAAGGCUUAAAAGAAAACGGGGCUGUGUCCUGCGGUGACCUGCAGAACUGUAUCACAUCAUCCCCCAGUUCUGCCUAUCCCUGCACCAGCACAGUCAAUCCCACCAUAGUCCUACUGCAACACAACCGAGAGCAGCAAAAGCAUCUGUCUUAUUUGAAAGACCCAACUCCAGAAAGAGACAAAAGCCCUGACCCUGGCAGAGAAUCAGUGAGUCCUCUUCCUGACAUGGACGGACGGAGGCUGCGUCUGUCACUGCACUACCCUGUCUACAGUCCUGCAAACGCCCCCACCGCGCCUGUCAGGAACACGGAGAAGUCCAAAGACUGGUACAAGACCAUGUUCAAACAGAUCCACAGAAUCCCUGAGCCUAUUGAGGAAAACCCUUACCGCCCCACCUACAUUUUCCCUGAGAACUAUGACAUUCACAUGAAAUCAAGAGAUGAUGGCCACACGCCUUUUAGUUAUCUAGAAGAUGUCAGAACAGUUCCUCGCUCAAAGAGUGACGCUGAGGUUGUUUCAAGAGCCCGGACUCUGCCGGUGCCAACAAGGUCCUCAUCUCUCAAGCCUUCAUCCCAAAGGAAUGAGUGGGAGCCCCCAGAUAAGAAGGUAGACACCAGGAAGUACCGUGCCGAGCCCAAGAGCAUCUUUGAGUACGAGCCGGGGAAAUCAUCAGUGCUGAAGCUGGAGAGAACGAAUCAGGAUGUAAGUCCAGAAGAUAUAGAUUUAGAGAAUGAGCCUUGGUAUAAAUUCUUUUCAGAGAUGGAGUUUGACAAAGCGAGUACCCCCUCUUUCACUCCCCUGGACUCAACCUCCAACCUGCAGCAGUACUCCUCAAGCAAGUCUGGACACAACGAGGUGGAGACGGACCAGGGAUCAUCCACGAGUGAGCCCACGGCUCCAGAAUGCGACCGUCAUGUUUACAAGAGUGUCCUAGAGGGCGGCGACAUUCCCUUACAAGGUCUAAGGGCCCUAAACAAGCGCCAUGGCAGUUCUUCUUCCUCUUCUAAAGUGGAUUAUAAAGGUGGGAAUGGCUAUAUAAUUUCCCCUUGCUCCUCUGUAAAUAGUCGAACAGUUCUUGCCAGUAAUGCAAUAGGUAACCAGUGUACGAAUAAGAAGCCUCUCUCUGCUGCCAAGGCCUGCAUACCUCAAAUUCUCCCUUCUAAGUUCAAGCCCAAGCUGCUGCCACCCAGUGGUGACAGUGAGGAGAGCAGGACUAGAACUGUCAAACACCCUAAGGCCCACAGCUGUGAAGAUCUGUACACAGGGCCAUGUGACAAGGACUUUGCCGCAGUGGAUGAUAAGGAUGGUGGUCAGUGUUCUGACUCCAAGCACAGUUUUGGCAGUGAGUGUUUUGACAGCAUCAGGAAUGCUUCUCCCACACUUAAAAGGAGCGCAUCGGAGUUUUCCAGCCUCUACCGGAACAUGCAUCACAUCCAGCGGCCCAGUUCAGUUGGCUGCAGCCCUCACGGCAGCGUCCGAAGCCUGGCCUCUCUGUUUGAGAAGUCAAAGGUGGCUGGGGGUGAGAGGUCAGAGGCAGAUGACGGUGGUUACAUUCCACGGGAUACUGUGUCAUCACGGGUCAGCGAGUUUGAAGUGAUCAUACAGCGUUCUACCCCAGCUCCCAGCAGGUCCUCUUCUCUGCCUACCCUUAACUCAAGUCACAACCAUAGCCCGUCCCACAACUUUAUGACGUCUGCAGUGUCAGCCGAGUCCCUCCUGGUAGCUGACACCAACCAGACAAAUACCUCUUUCCCAGUGGUGGCAGAUGACAAGAUCUGUGAGGAGGAGGAGACUUUGUCUGUCAACAGUUUAAGAGAAGAGGAGGUUGUGUCCUCUUUAGAAAAUGGACACAACAUCAGGACAGAGUCCCCCUCUAACACUGAGGUCGAGGAGAUCUUAAGUAAAAGCUCCUCUGAACCCCUGAAUCAACGUGUCAGUGCAUCAAAGAGUCCUGUUCAACUACAUGCUGUGCCCCCUCCACAACAAAAUCACUUUCACAACCACCACCACCUGCACCACCACCUGCACCACCACCUGAAUCAUCAGCUUCUCCUCAAGCCCAGCAAAUGCAAAGGCUCCUGUCCAGCCUCCUACACCCGCUUCACCACCAUCCUCAGGCAUGAGAGGCAGCAGGCUUCGAUACAGCAGGAGAGGCCUUCAACUCCAGAGAAGAGAACCACUCUUCCUGGAAACCUCUUCCUCAUGGGCCCUGCCCCCUUCAGACCAAGGAAGAACACACAGACAAAGAGAACUCCAUUAGCCACCAGAGUGACAGCAGUUCCCCAUCAGCCCAACAAUGUGUCCCCUGAGCCCAGGCCUCUGAUCCCUCAGCGUCUGUCUUCUUUGGAGGUCCUGGGGAGGCUGAGUAACGGGGACGAAGGCAGCGGUGACCACCUCAGUAAUGGGCAGAGCUUGGACGCCAACGGGAACCUCCUGCAGCCGUUGGCACUUUACCUCAGAGACUCAUCCCCAGCUCAUGGGGAAAACCAGGAAGAAGUGCUGCGGAGACGACAUGGUGACAAAGAGAAAAUCUUGGAGGAGCAGCGGCGUCUGAAAAGGGAACAGGAAGAAGCUGACACAGCGUCCAGAAGACACACAGGCAUUGUCCCCACGCACCAUCAGUUUAUCACCAACGAGCGUUUCGGUGACCUGCUCAACAUCACAGAUAACACAGAGAAGAGGAAAUCCGGUGUAGAGAGAACUCCCGCCAUGGCUCGGUUUGACUUCAGAGCAGAAAGUCUAAAAGAAUUACCGUUUCAAAAGGGGGACAUUGUUUACAUCAUUCGACAGGUGGAUCAAAACUGGUAUGAAGGAGAGCAUCAUGGGAGAGUUGGUAUUUUCCCCCGAAGUUAUGUUGAGCUGCUUCCCCCCACGGAAAAAGCCCAGCCAAAGAAAUGUGCCCCCGUUCAAGUCCUGGAAUAUGGAGAAGCUGUUGCUCGCUUCAAUUUCAAUGGAGACACAGUGGUAGAAAUGUCUUUCAAAAAAGGAGAGAGGAUUACGCUUAUUCGCAGAGUGGACGAAAACUGGUAUGAAGGAAAAAUCUCAGGCACCAACCGCCAGGGCAUCUUUCCCGUCACCUAUGUAGACGUACAUAGAAAACCCCGUGUCAAGAACGCCACAGAAUACAGUGACCCUCCUGUCAGCCACUCACCACAGCGCAGCACCAACGCAUCUCCUCAGCUGAAUCGUAAUCGCCUGACCACCUCUCCUCUUCCCCUCCCUCGGUCCCCUCGCCGCUCUGUGUCCCCCGAGGUCCAUGCUAUCUCCUCUGAAUGGAUCUCCCUGACUGUGGGAGGAGGGAGCCCUCCAGCUGCCCCCACCCCUCCACUGCCACCCCUGCCCACUGUGUCCUACCGCUGCGGCGAGUACCUGCCGCCACCAUUCUCUGUCAGCCCCGUGCCUCCCAUAACUGGCAGUCCUUAUUGCGUUUCCCCUUCGGCCUCCCCUUCAGCCUCACCACUUCCCCCACCUUACCCACCCCGGCCCAACUCAACCACACCUUUCCUCACCUUCACCCCGCCUCAGGGGGACAACUUCCUGCUCUUUCCUUCCUCCCCACACCUGUCACGCAGCAUGAGUCCCUGCAGCGGGCCAGUGCUGGAGGGUUGGCUGAAGGGGGAGAAGGAGGUGGCAGAGGGGGACAGCACAGAGAGAAACAGGGGCCGCAGAGCCCUGGGCAGCAGGCAGAAUAGUCCUGCAGAGUUUGUAAAAAAUGAAGCUGACCAUCAUGGACGCAGCUCCAGGAGCCCAGUGAUGUUGUACGACCUCCAGGAUAAUAACAAUGUCAACUCAUUUGCGCAACCCCAGUCCCACAGCAGCAGCCCAGAGCCAGGUCGUGUCAGUUGUGGAAUUUUCCAGGCUUUGUACAGUUAUGUGCCACAGAACGACGAUGAGCUGGAGCUGCGGGAGGGAGAUCUCGUCAGUGUCAUGGAGAAAUGCGAUGACGGCUGGUUUGUUGGUACGUCAAAGAGGACUAAACAGUUUGGGACUUUCCCUGGGAAUUACGUGAAGGAGGUGAAACUGUAAAGAUCUCCAAUCUGACAGUCACACACGGCUGCCUGUCGAUCUUAGGAAGUCAUUACUAUCACGCAUGGCUGUGGGUUAGCAUAGUCUUUUUUAGCCAACCAAGUCAGUACUGUCAGAUGGGUCUCGACCUGAGGUAUGUCCAACUGUAGGAGGUGAAGACAGAGACAGCACACUGCCCAAACCUCAGAAUUUGUUGUCACAUAUUUUACACACAUUCAAAUCUAUGUAUGGAAAUCCUCUGUGGAAAACAAAACACUAGCUUUUAGUGCACAGAUGCAUACUUUCUUGUCCUUCUUAUUCUAAAAUUCACUACGUGUUUACAUACAGUAGCACCUCAGUUUAGA